AUGUCGGAAACGUCGGCGGCAAAACUACGUGCCACCGGAAGUUCCGCCGCGCCGUCAGCCGCCGCCGCCCCCGCGACCAAGAGGAAGACCUUCAAGCGCGCCCUCAAGGGGACCGUCGGCGUUGGCCUGGCCGCCGCUUCCGCGGCGCUCAUAGCCCGCUCCGACGACAUCGGGGAGUGGUUGCAGUCCGUCGCGCCGCACGUUUUACCGCACACGGUGGUUGUGCCCGGUGGCGCGGACACCGCCGUCCUGGCGGACUUCGUCCUCCGGGCCAUCGCGGAGGCGAAGAGCUGUGUGCAGGAGGGGGUCAACGUCUGCUUGGACGCUGAGGGUCGAGUGACGGCGCUGUACACGUUUAUUUCCCAGUGGUACCUGAGCCCCAGGCAGCACGUCGUGGAGAUGGCGUUGUCCAUCCUGGUCCUGUCCCCGCUUGUCUAUCUCUACUUCAAGCUUUGCCGAGCGCGGCUGAGGCUCAAGCGCGCGGCGGGGGCCUUCGACGCGAAGAGACCAAGCCUCCUCAUGAAGCUCUGGGGGGCGGCGCUGCUCGGCCUUGUCGGAGCCGGAGCGUUCCUCAAGUUCACCAAGCAGGAGCUCAUCUCGCACCCGGCGUACCUGUGGCAGCCCUGCCACGUCCACAGCCUCGUCAUGGGGCUGUGCGCCUUCGUGGAGACGGAGGGAUCGCUGCUGGUGAUGCACGUGGCCACGACCCUGUGGUGGGGGCCGUUCCUUGCGUUCGUGGCGCCCUCGCUGCCAACCGACCCCGUCGAGAUCGCCAUUUUCUGGGCGCAGCACGCCCUGAUGCUACUAGCUCCGUUCCUUCGACUGACCGUGGGGACGAGGUGGUUGUACAGGGACUUCUGGUGGAACUCCGUGGGCUUCGUGUUCUUGACCUGCUACCACUGGUGGUGGCUUGCCCCAGUCAACCUCUUCACGGGGGUGAACGUGGCCACCAUGUCGGUGCCCCCAGACUCCCUCGAGAUGUUCGGGAAGUACUACCGCCCGGUGUGGGGGUUGAUCUGCGGUCUCCUUCAGCUGGCCGCGGUCGGGGUCAUGUGCGUGCUGGCCCGUGUGUUCGGGCAGAUGCCGUCGUCAACAGCAGCAGCAGCAGCAUCACCGACGCCAUCGUCUGGUAGGGCUAAAGGUCGUUCCUCGGCCAUGAAGGGGACCCCGCAACGUACCAAUGGGAACGCCAGAUCUAGCACCGGCAGCAGCAGCAGCUCUAGCAACAACGCCUGCGGGGUCCGCCGAAGGGUACCCGACGAUGCGGUGGGGAUUUCUCAGGAGAAGGCGGUGUCGCUUGUGGAUGGGAACUAAAUAGCCGUAGGAGCUACGAGAGCGCGCCGCCAGAUUCUGGGACUGCGGGCCAACGAUUUCUCGGCGGGGAAGCUUCCUGGAAAAUCCCCCCCCCCAAGUA